GUUCCGAACCUGCUCUCUCUACCAAUCACACCGUCUCUCUCUCUCUCUUCUCUUCGCUUCCUCCGUUUUUGCUCCCGUUUCACUCCCACCCAGAAACAAUCGCAAACACAGGCAGACGGAGAGUGUCCAGAAGCUUGGUCUUCCAUGGCGCUACCGGUGGUUGACACGGAGUACCUGAAGGAGAUCGACAAGGCUCGCCGCCAUCUCCGCGCUCUCAUCGCCUACAAGAACUGCGCUCCUAUUAUGCUCCGACUGGCGUGGCACGAUGCCGGAACUUAUGAUGCGAAGACGAAGACCGGUGGUCCGAAUGGCUCGAUUCGGAACGAGGAAGAGUACUCUCAUGGCGCCAAUGCUGGCUUGAAGAUCGCUCUUGAUUUUUGCGAGGAGGUGAAGGCCAAAUGUCCAAAGAUUACAUAUGCAGAUCUAUACCAGCUAGCAGGAGUUGUUGCAGUAGAAGUCACUGGAGGUCCCACCAUCGACUUUGUUCCCGGAAGAAAGGAUUCAAAAGUUUCUCCAAACGAAGGAAGACUUCCAGAUGCUAAUCAAGGUCCUCCACAUCUAAAGGACAUCUUUUACAGGAUGGGUCUCUCGGACAAGGACAUAGUGGCUUUAUCAGGGGGUCAUACACUGGGAAGGGCACACCCGGAAAGAUCUGGAUUUGAUGGUCCUUGGACUCAGGAACCCCUUAAGUUUGAUAAUUCCUAUUUUCUCGAGCUGUUGAAAGGGGAAUCAGAGGGGCUGCUGAAACUGCCAACUGACACGGCCUUGUUGGAAGAUCCUGCGUUUCGCCCUUAUGUUGAGUUGUAUGCCAAGGAUGAGGAUGCAUUUUUCAGAGAUUAUGCAAUCUCGCAUAAGAAGCUCUCUGAACUGGGGUUCACACCAAGUUCUUCAGGCAGCAAGGGAGUAACGAAUGGUGCUGUGUUGGCACAAGGGGCUGUUGGAGUGGCGGUGGCUGCGGCUGUGGUGAUCUUGAGCUACUUCUAUGAAGUGCGCAAGAAAAUGAAGUGAAUGCUGUUUUUCAUUUCCCUUUGUACUUGGCAUAUAUUUUAGCAGCUUAGCGCCGCAUGCUCCAUAUCUCUUGGUCCACAAUAAUAGUCGGGGCAUUACCUUCUCCAGUUGGUUAGUAAACAAACAUGCUGCUUUAAGUGAGAAGUUACAUACACACGUAUAACCCCUAGU